AUGAACGCGGACUUCAAAUCGCACCGGAUAUUUCUCUUCGCCGAUGACGAGGUUUUGUCAGGCGUCGACUCGAUCGUCAAAUGUGUGGAUGCCGACUAUCGUGCUGAGGACUAUUCUCCGCGGCACACGAGAGGACAACUUUGCGCAGGCUGGAUGCGAAUGAACGCUAGAAGCAUAGCGAACUUCUGGAUUGAAUUAGGUCUUCACUAUAUGUGUGAACUCGCUCCUCCGAACAUUGGAGGAAUCCAAUCGGUGAUCUGGGGACAUGAUGUUUCUUAUUGCGGAUAG